AUUCUGCCGGCGAUUUCAACACUUGCGCUACUCCAGUUAUAGGCAAAUGCCACCGUUUGCCGUUAUUCUUUCCAUAACAGUCCUCUGCUUUUUAAUGCAUCAUGGCUUCACUAUCAUAUUUUAUAUUCUCACUGCAAUACUGUCUUUUAUUGUUGGUAUCUUUUUGGUGAAGGAGCUACCAACUGUAAUUUUCCGAAAAAGAGGUCUCCUAUUCUCUAAAGGAAUCCCCAAGGUCACUGCCAUAAUGGAUGCAGAAGGGGUCUCAAAGCCGAAUACUCGUUUAUCCCGCCAUCAGGAACUAGAUGACGUACUCAACCAGAUUGUGAGUUUUAUUGUUAGGGAUUAUAUCACUCCAUGGUAUAACUCUCUAACUCCUGAUAACACAUUUCCAAUGGAACUUCAUAAGCUCCUUCUGUGUGUUUUUGCGAAUAUCGUUAGAAGAGUAUCAGAAGUUGAUUGGGUACCAUUUCUCACUGAAACACUUCCUUCUUUCAUGGCAGCUCAUGUACGUGUGUACAGAACUAUGUUAGAGCGUAAAGCUACCUAUCCGGAUAAAGAUGCCGUAAAGUUGUUUUUUGAUAUAGAAGCGGAAACGGAGAAAAAUGUGUGUCGUGAGGAAGUCUGUUGUUCUCAGGACCGGGAAAAAGAUCAUCUUCGUUUGUUGAGUGAUAUGUUCUUAUUCUUUGUAACUCCUGCUGAAGAAUAUAGAGUGCCUGUCAUACGAUAUGUUGCUAGAGAGUUAUUGGUCAACUCUGUGUUAAUGCCGACAAUCAAUUUGCUGUCCGAUCCUGACUUUGUUAAUAGAACGAUAGCAUGGUUUGCAUCAGAUAGUGUUUACACAAGUGAAUAUUACUGUCAUUCACUUCGUAUGUCUGAAAGUAUUGAUGAAAUUGAUGUUGUUAUCCGUCAACUGAACAGUUUUAUGGACAAACUUCGUGGGCAUGAUACUGGUGGUGAUGAUGAUGCACUGAUUAAAGCACAACUUGGAAGCCUUGAUUAUGUUAGAAAAAUUUGUUCAAUCCGUCGAAGACAAAUUCAAGAAGGUGUAGCUGUAAAACCUGAACGUGUAUUACUCUAUCACUUACAACCGGAUAUACGACUUUAUGAUAUGUCAUUUCAAGAGUUGAUGUCUAACAGUGUUGCAGUUGUCAGCUUUCUAGACUUUUUAACUUCUAUUCGGAAGCACACAUUACUUCGAUCAUAUUUGAAUUGUGUGAGUUUCCGUGAAGGUGCCAGUAAACUAACACAUAUUACACCAACAACUGAUCAAACUAUUCAUCCAUCGGUUUUAACACUUACUGAAAGUUCAAGGAUAAAACUUAUUCCAUCGAAUACAACAUCCAGUAUAACUGAACCAUUAUGUCUAGAUUCUUCUCAUCCUACAGAGAAUAAGAAUAUAGCAUUAAAAACAAUUUCUGAUACACUUGUUUAUGAUGAAACUUUAUCCAAAGAUAUAUUAUCUAAUGAUGAAGAUGAUGAAAACGAGUUGAAACGAUCUAUAACUAAAGAUGAUGAUAUGAAAACAAUUAAUUUACAAAUGAAUUUCAAAGAAGAUGAAAAUAAUGUCAUAGAAACAGGUGAUGAUGAAACUUCUCAUGAUUCUAUUGAACAAUUACGUGCAUUUGGUAUAACUAUAUGUAGUCAUUUAUUACAUUUUAUGCCAUUAUCAGCUGAACCAUUAAUUCAACGUACACUACGUACACUUACUGGUGAACCUGAUAUCUUGAAUCCGAAUUCUUUUAAUGAAAUAGAAACAUAUAUUGUCAACAUCCUCUCAGGUCCUGAUUGUUUUGGUGCAUUCAAACAAAGUAAUCAUUAUAUUCAUCUGUUAGCUGAAUUAGAUCUUUUAAAAGAACCAUUGGAACAAUCUUUAUCAUCAAAUAAUAUGCAUAUUUCCAAUUCAACUCAAUCAUUACGUCGUCUUCAAUCAUCAAGUUCAAUGUUUCAAUCGGAUAAAAUUAUUGUAUCAUCAAAAAACUUGAAUAUACCACGUGUUUCUUCUUAUACACAAAUGUCACUACCUUCAAAUUCUUUUGAUGAAUGUACAAAUUGGCAAAAUCUAGAAAGUGAAUCAGCCAAAGAACCGAAACAACAGAUUUUAUUGCCAACUGUGUCAGAAUCAUCUUCUAUUCAUUCGAGAAACACAAUCUCAAUGCUUUCGAUGAUUUAUAUACAGCUGAAAUAAGUCGAACAGAAAUAAUGCACGAUUCAUAUGUGAUUUAUACUAUCAAAGUUAUUCAUAUCUCACAAUCUACUGGUCUAUCUGAGUCGUGGAAUACCCUACGUCGUUUUAGACAUUUUGUUGAAUUACAUCCUUCAUUACAAAUCGAUGCGGUCGCAUUACUGAAUUGAAAUUACCCUCGAAAAUGGCAUUCAAUAAUAUGAGCCCUGAAUUUUUGGCACAACGUCGUCGUGGACUAAACAUCUAUUUGAAAGUAGGUCUCUUAUUCUAUAAAAGAUUGCUCAUCUUUAGCAUCAGUUUUGCUGUUGAAUGAUUUAAAAACUUUAUUUAUUGAGCUUUUAUUGCAGGAUAACUUUUGUUGACCACCCUAGCAACAACUGAAAUGACCAAUUAAAAUACUUCAAGUUGUUAUUCAUCGAAGACUGAAAAUUACGUUAUAAAAUACGUUAUUUUAUGAAAAUCUGUUUUUCCAGCCGAAAUAAAGAAAGCUAAUUGGUUAUUUUGAUCGUUGCUAGAGUGGAUUUCAGCCACUCCGGUUGACAGAUGAGGAGAUUAUCUAACUCUGAUCCUGGUCCUAACUAUUAUCAUUCCUCAACUUUUUCUAAGUUGAUCCUGCAGUCACUAGCACAAGACCAGCUGACUCAGAGACAAGAUGAAGUUAGGGUGAUUAAUGAGACGGCUAAUUACAUUCCUUUAGUUCAUGGAAAUGUGCUUACUCAGGCAAAAUGUCGGAACCUGAUUAGUCUAUUCAGCAAUUGCUAGGGUGGCUUUUAAAGUAACUCAAACGUUAGAUGGUUAACCCUAUACAAAACAUAUGGGAAGUGAUCAAGGCCACCUUGACAACUGUGAAAAUAACCAAUCACACUACCUUUUUUUUGGUUGGGAAGAAAAUUUUUCAUAGAAUAGAGAAACGUAGUUGGUUGUUUCAUAAGUUGCUAGGGUGAUCUCUAAAGUCACUCGUUCAAUGCGUAGGCGGCCCAAUCAGAAUGUCAGUGAAUGAGAAUAAAAAUAUAGACACGUGAAGGAUAUUCCUUCUGGCUAUGAAUAAUACGUAACCCUAUUAGAAUCACCUUGUACAGCUUAGUCGUCUGCCUGCCUGCCCUUUGCUAUAGUGUAUUUCUGUAUGCUCUACCGUAGCCAGGUUCCGUUUCUAUUCAACCGUAAUGAACAACGAAAUGCAUCAAAGCAGAACAAGAGAGAUAUAAUUGACAACAAUAUUAGAUAUAGUUUAAUUAUUGUUGUGUAAGUUACAGCGUGUUUCAAAUAGAGGUCAUCCAUCCAUUCAAAUCAACAUAGAGUCAGGCAUUACUGCGUAACGGUUCAAGUUGCCACACCUCAUAUCACUACAUCAACUAAAACGUCAGUCAAGUGGAAGAUUAAAAUGAGAAAAUUCAGUC